CUGUGCUAUGUCUGUGCUAUGUGUCAUUUUCUCCUAGGAUGGUGUUUCCUUUUAUGUUUCCAGCCGGACAACAUUUGCGCGUUCACUAGCUCGGUAAAAAACUUCUAGGGUUAAACAUCCGACAGAAACAUUUUCCCACGCGGGAAAAAAGAAAUUAUUUCAUGAGCGACUCGAUGAUGAUGACGAUGGUGCAGAGCUGGGACAGCGAGCCAGACAUCGCUAAUAUGUCCAAGAGCGACAUACUGAGAGGAAUCAUCACCGACAAACUGAGCACAGCCGCUCGGGAGAUCUUAUCGGUGGUGGAGCGGACUGUAGCCGACUAUGAGGAGGAGGCUGCGGGCUUCAGGCAGGAGCUCGACCGGCAGAGGAGACUGCUGGAGCUCCUGCAGCCUGAGAUAAAGCAGGAGGCAGACGACCAGCAGCUGUUUUCCAUCUGUGAAGAUGGAGGUGCUCCAUUACUGGAUGAUCAGAAGCAGGACAAAUAUGAGCUGAGGGUGGACGACAGUAGGAGCCUGGGAUUUCAGGCACCGAUAGAGGAUGAAGAGUAUGAAUAUUUAGAGCAGGAGGAAGGAUACACGACAGAGCUGGAUCAUGUAACAACAUCAAGGUUCUUGACUCAAACAGUUCCGUCUAAGAGGAGAAAAAAACCUGGCAAACGUCGAAUCAGCAAAUCACAAAAUUGCAUAGAUCUCAAAAUCCGCAUAUUGGAAAACCCAAACAUUGAAGUGCUUUCAAAUACUGUGUUUCGGAUGUACCGGCUUCACAAGCUGAAGGUUUGUCGUGGUUUGAAGGAAGCUGACUUCCUGAAACUACUCAGGUCUACCUUCCCUCAGCUGGCUGGAGAUGAACCUUUUGACCUUUUCUUAUAUUGCAACCUCAAGAAACUGAAACCUCUGCAAGUAGACUCUGUGACACCAGAGGAAAUCAUCAGAGUUUCUCGGGGAUCUACCCUCUACAUACGACUGCAGAAAGAAGAUGCUGAUGAAGAUCAUGAAGAUCUUCCAUCCACUGAGACAGACACCCAUAUAAAUCUCAGAAUCCGCAUCCUGGAAAAGCGAAAGAUUAAUGUUUUGUCAAAGCAAGUGUUUCAGAUGUGCCCGCUUCACAAGCUGAAGGUUCAUCGUGGUUUGCAGGAAGCUGACUUCCUGAAACUACUCAGGUCUACCUUCCCUCAGCUGGCUGGAGAUGAACCUUUUGACCUUUUUUUAAGGGCCAAGCACAACAAACUUAAACCUCUGAAAGGAGACUCUGUGACACCAGAGGAAAUCAUCAGACUUUCUCGGGGAUCUACCCUCUACAUACAACAGUCACUGUGUCCAGAAGAUUUAAGACUUAAGAUCCGCAUCCUUGAGGACCCUAAGAUUGAUAAGAUCACAAAUAUAAUGUGUCAGAAUCACCCGUCUCAUGAGCUGAAUGUUCCUCGUGGUCUUCAGGAGGCUGACUUCCUGGCUCUGCUGAGGUCCACUUUCCCUCAGCUGGCUGCUGGUGAACCUUUUACCAUCUUAAUUGGUCGCAACCACAAUCUAAUUCCUCCAAGAGUGGAGAGUAUGACUGCAGAAGAGAUCUGCAAGAAUGGGACUGGGAAUCCUGGUAUUUACAUCCGACUGAAGGGUCCAGAGAAAAGGUCUCUACAGAGAGAAGAUGCUACUGCUGCUGAACUUCCUCCACCCAGCCUGGAUCCAACCACACUGACCACUGAAGUUGAGUCUGAGAAACCUCAGAUCAGUCAAUCAGACACCCACAUGCAUCUCAAGGUCCACAUUGUGGAGGACCCUCAGAUGGAUACCAUCUCGCCCAAUCUGUUUCAGAAUUACGUGCCUCAUGAGCUGCAGGUUCCUCGAGGUCUUCAGGAGGCUGACUUCCUAGCUCAGCUGAGGUCAACCUUCCCUCAGCUGGCUGCUGCUGAACCUCUGGAGCUCCUGAUAUCUAAUGACAACAAGAUACUAGAGCUUCUAAAUAUGGAGUCACUGACAACUGAGGGGAUCAAAGAGGCUGUCCAGUCAACUGGGAGUGCUACCCUCUUUGUUCGAUUGAAGGCCUCAGAGGAUGUUCAGGAUGAUGUGAAUAAGCUUGAUGGUGCUGAAGACUCUUCAUCCUUUUCUGAACAAACCACACUGCACAGGAGUAAUGAAAGGAAACCCUUGGAUGAAGACCUGAAGGAUAUCAUCCUCAGAGCUUUGCCAUUAAUUUCUGAAGACACUCAACAGUCAUUGAUUCAUAAGCUGUUAAGUGAUGGAGUGGAGUCUACCCAGGACCUAAAAUUUGUCAUUGAAGAUGAUAUUGCUGACUUGGUGCCUCCCCUUCAAUUACAGACACUCCUGGAAGCAUUUAAAAAUGAGACAGACCUGGUUACUUUGGACCUGCCAGUGAUUCCUUCCUCUAGCUCACUGCUCAGCAGUCCUGCAGCGUCACCUUGCUCCACUUCAUCUGGUGUACUCCCACUCUCGAAUCAAGAACAUGACAACUCAGAAAGCUGCGGGCAAACCACCCUUUUCAGAAAACAGUGGGCAGAGAUGUUCCAGGUGCCCUGGGACCUCAUGCCAAUGGAAAUUCAAGCAGCGGUUGCUGAGGGCAAGAGACCAUCCCCUGCAGCAAGGAGACAGAUUGUUAGAAUUUUAGCAGAUGAGAUGAGGAAACACGAGCUAAACCCAACACGUGCUCAGUGUGUAACCAUCUGCCGAAACAUUGUCCGUAAGUACCCUCAGAGCUUUGCUGAUCUGUGUGACAACGGUCAGCUGCUGGAAGAGGAUUACAUCUCGCUUGUGAUUCAAAUCAAAAACCGAAUUGAUAACCUGAAACGGACCAGCAACUUUCGCCACAGCCGUUUGUCUGGAAUGAAAAGAGGAUCCACCAACAAUUAUGGCUGCGCCAGAUUUGAGCCUGGCCUGCUGCCGGAGGAGACAAAUGAAACAGUGGAGCGAAAACGCCAGCGACUGGAAGAAAUUUACCAUCAGGAUGGCUCAAGCAUGGUAGAAAAAGACGAAGUAAAAGAACUCAUGAAAGUAACCUUCUACCUGCAGCGCCGCCAAAUAAAUGCACUCCCAGUACCGGCUAUUAGAGAUUUAAGGGGCCGAUGGCCUUAUCUUUUCACACACAAUGGACUUUAUACUCAUUUUGAGCUGCUCACUGAUAUCAAAGUGCUUCGCACUCUUGAGGUUGCAAUGGAGGAGUGUGGACCAACCAUCCUGGAGGUCUUCAGCAAGUCCACUAAUCCAGAUAUCCAAUCCAUCCUCUCAGUGGGUCCAAAACUUGAACUAUCCUUCUGCAUCCUGCAACUUCUGAUGGCUCACUUCUCCGAAUCCCUCGGAGGACUGAUUCUUUUUGCAAAUGCAAAUGCCACAGCAGCUGAAUUACAGACGACACUCCAACUACCUGCAACUCCUCGACUGAUACUCCUCGCCGAAUCACCGGAAAGCUCCAUUCGCCGCUGGAUGAUCAGUCUUGAGGGGCACAUCAUUUGCGAGGGCAUCCAGCCGACUUUUCUGUCCGGCCUCGCUGCUGUCUUUUCUACUUACUACAUCUUCAAUCUUCAGUAUCAAGACGAUGCUGCAUGCACACUGGAAUUCAUUCAAAGGCGAUUGAUUGGGAUAAAUCCCGACAGAGGCACCAAAGUUCCACAAGGCAAAUUCCCGUCAAAGGAGACUGGGAAGUUCACACAGGAAAAGACUUCGCCAGUCAACCCCCAAGUUUUAAAACUGUUAAAGAAACUAAUGGAUGUGAACCCAGCUGUUUACACCCACACAACCAUGUUUCCAUCACUUCAGGGGACAUCAAACUGACAUUCAUGUUUGUUUUCGUGGAGAAAUCCGAAUUUCUGGGGUCUGAAGAACCUCUUGGAGCAACGGCCGACACUUUGGAGCUUGCAGUGUAGUGGCUGGAUAUCCAGACCAGAACUUUGGGUCCCAUGCACUGGUCAUAGUCUACAUUGUCGGUUUUAAAGAGGUAUGAUGUCAUCAGAUUGUUUUGAGAGUGCACUUUGACUAGUGCAUUUGUCUUUCAUUCUUCAUUCGGACUUGCUGCAUGCACCAAGUACCAGAAAAGUUUCUGGUGCCACAGAUUCUGCAGACUGUUUAUACAGAUCACCCUUUGCCUUGCUUAAGACUUUGAAAUGUGCAAAUUCAAAGUGUGAAAGAAACAAGGAACAAAUACAACUUUAUGCUGUUUUCUUUGUUCGGGUUGACUUAUGUUCCCCAAUGCAAGCUGCUGUUUUCUAGCAGAAACUCUGAAGUACUAUAUUUUGUUUACUGUACACCUUUUUUUAAAUUACUGUAAUUAAAGUUACAUUUCUGGGGUGAGAUUUGGGCAUUGUUUUACAUUUCCUGUUUAUCUUAGUUCAUUGUUUACACACUGACUGCAUAAAGGGCCAUCUGCAGUACUAUGUUUAUUUACUAUGCAGUACUAUGUUUAGUACUAUGUUUAUUUACUAUGCAGUACUAUGUUUAGUACUAUGUUUAUUCAGUAUGUCACAAAGUUCAAAUCCUCUCAGAAGGGUUUGUACAACACGACAGCGAUGCAAGCAUGCCAAGUCAGCCAGUGGAUUCAAACUGAGGAUCUUAGUGGAAUGAAAAAAAAGUAUAUAUAUACAGGGAGUGCAGAAUUAUUAGGCAAAUGAGUAUUUUGUCCACA